UUUUGUUGCCUAAAGAACAAGUCACUUCACCUGCACACUGUCACGUUCACCUGCACACUCCAUAGCUCUGCCCUUCUUCUUCUCAUGUAUAAAUGACCACACCAUUCGCAUUACUUCCUCGCACACCAUUCGCUCAAGCGCACACAUUCAAAUUCGAAAGAUCUCUGCUUCAUUCACCACACCAUGAAGAUGGUUCGAGCGACAGCUUUCCUUCUCGCAUGUCUCCUCGUCAGCUCCUCUCUGCUCGACUUGGCAAUGGCCGGAUCAAGUUUCUGCGGGUCCAAGUGCUCGGCGAGGUGCGCUAAGGCGGGGCUGAAGGAUCGCUGCCUCAAGUACUGCCAGAUUUGCUGUGACAAGUGCAAGUGCGUCCCCUCCGGCACCUACGGCAACAAGCACGAGUGCCCGUGUUACCGUGACCUCAGGAACUCCAAGGGCAAGCCGAAAUGCCCUUGAACAUCACUACCGCCUUAAGUAUUCGUUAACUAUGAAUUAUCAAAAAAUAAUCUCGCCUAUCUUACGUUAUAGUGCUUAUGAAGUGCCCUCGAGAGUCGAGAUAUCAUAUGGUCGAGACUAUAGAUGGCUGGUUAUCAACUUUGUAUUGGUCACUUGAGUAGGUUAUGGAUGUGGAUAAGCCAUGAAAAUGGAGCAUGAUAAUGCUCGAAGUUUAAAGCAGUUCGGGUGCGUAAUCUUAAUUUCGCGGCUCAAAGAGUGAACUGUGACCAUAUACAAUCUUGAAUCUGGGAGAACAUAAUCCUUUCGUAGUA